GGAAUUAUUGUAUUAUAUUCAUUUUCUAGCUUUAUAAAAUCACAUUGACAUUGACCUGCUCCUCCUUCCUCUUCUUCCUUCUCCACAAGAAGCCACACACACCUCUGUUUCUUUCUCUGCUCCACACUUUCUCUUCCUCCAUUAUUGAGCUUCCACUAGUUUUUUUUUCUUUCUUUCUUUCUUUCAAGGACUUAAUUGCACUGCUUAAAGUCUCAAGCUUUACAACUUUUGGAAGACACCCAUCAAACCAUUUUUUGCAGCCAUCACUUGCCUAAGGAAGAGGGUUCUUUUGGUUUCAACCAUUUUCUGCUUUUAGCUUCAAAAGGAUCAUCAUAGAUGAUAGCCAGCUCCUUCUGCAAUGCUGAUUCUAUGUUUUCAAGAGAAGAGGGGAUAGAUGUUAGAAAGAUGAUGGAACAUAAAAGGAGCCCCUGCUCUGUUGACCAAAGCAGUUAUACUUCUAUUGCCUCCAAAAGGCAAAAGGCUGAUUUAUCGAUCAGCACUAAGGAGAGGAAGGAAAAGAUUGGCAAACGAAUUGUUGCUCUUCAGCAGCUUGUUUCACCAUAUGGAAAGACAGAUACAUCUUCUGUUCUAAAGGAGGCAAUGGAAUACAUAGGAUUCCUUCAUAAACAAGUUAAGCUGCUUAGUGCUCCAUACCUUGAAAGUUCACCAGCAGCAAAGAUGCAGGGUAUGGAGCCAUGCAGCCUGAGGAGUAGAGGGUUAUGUCUUGUUCCUGUGUCAUUUACUAUUGGAGUUGCUGAGACCAAUGGUGCAGAUAUCUGGGCUCCCAUUAAGACUACUACUUCUCCUAAAUUUGAGAAGGAUGUCUCCCAAUUUCAUUGAAUAAUUUUCUCACCUUUACAGCCUAAAAGGUUGCUAAAGUUGCUAAACUAGCAUGAAAAUGAUUAUGAUCAUACAUCUAGAUGGAAUCAUAGUAGCUAUAUAUAUAUAUAAUAGUUAUAGCAUUAAAAAAAAACUCUAGUCAAGAAGCUGUCCCACACCUCUAAGAUUUUAAACGGGUGAUGGGGCGGCUAAGCUUCCAAUUAGCCAUAUGUGCCCUUAACUAAUUAAUUCCAUGUGUUGAUUAUUAAGUGUAUAUUUGAAAAAUUCUAGUUGUAUAAUGAUUCCAUGUACUGAUUAGCUUAAUGAAAGUCGUUUCUAGAUUUGAUGUAA